ACAGAAUUUGUUGUUUUCAAUUGAUACUUAUACAAAGAUUGUCUAAAAUGAGAGACGCCACAUUCGAUUCAAGCGUGGAGCGUUUUAUGUUUUUGAGGAACCCUGAUACGACUGCGGGAAACAAUGAAAUAAAACAGACAAACUGGAGAUCGAGAAGGCUAUUCAAGACCUUUCCUCAGAGAAAACUGUACCAUUCCACGGUGCAGAGAAAAUCAAUCAGGCCAACUUCUGAAGAGCUGAGUCAAUGGGCACAGUCUAUGGACAAUUUGCUGAGCAGUAAAUGUGGAAUUACUGCUUUUCGAGUCUUUAUGAAGUCUGAAUACUGUGAGGAGAAUGUCGAGUUUUGGGUGGCCUGCGAAGAGUUUCGAAAGAUCAAGUCCAGAUCGAAGCGCAGAUCCAGGGCAAAACAAAUAUAUGAAGAAUUUGUCAGAGAAGACUCUCCAAAGCAGAUUAACUUGGACCACCAAACAAAGGAGUCUGUCCUCCAAUGCCUUCUAUUCCCAACAAAAUCCAGUUUCAAAGCAGCCCAAGCCAGAGUUUACUUCCUGAUGGAGCACAACUCAUACCCUCGGUUUCUGGUGUCAGAAUUCUACCAUGAACUAUGUAAAUUUGCUGAAGGAGAGAGAUAAUCUUAUCUUUAUAGUCUUUAUAUUACAACUUUAAAAAAUGGUUAGUUCGAGAGAGGUGUUCAUGUAGCAGAGUAUGGGGUGGUGGAUGUUGUUUUAUUCAGUGGUUGCACUAUCAUCAUUUCAAUGUAUUUAUAUAUUGCAUAUUUUGCACAGAUUUGCACAUAGGUGUAUAUAAGUGUAAAUAACAUAAAUUGUCAUUUUUAUGACUGAGUGGUCAAUCAAAAUGGAUGAGUGGUCACACAAUGAAAUGUAUUUCUUUUAAAAACAUAUUGGUUCUGAAGUUACAUGUGGUAGUUGUAUACCACUGGCUCAAAAAGUACAAGAAGUUUUGUAUAAUUUCUUUGUUUUUCUAAAGAGCAUUUUCUGACAAAUAAAUUUUUAUGAAAACAUUUAA